AUGAAGCCAGAUACAUCGGUUUACUGCUCCACAAUCCUUUUAGCAUUUUUCAAACAUCAGAUUCCGGCCUACGGCAAUAAAAUGAGGUCACAUCAAUCACUUAUUGGAUCAAGCGACAGUUAUUCAGAUCGGGUUUAUCGCAAGAGGUCAUGUGCGCCCUGCAAUCGAUGUAGGAUGAAGAAAUGCAAGUUAGGGCAGUUGCAGCCAACAAACACCCUUAGUCCGUGCGGCCGGUGUGAAGAAGACAAUACCAUUUGUGCCAUUGGCCAAAUGAAGCGGAUCCAUGACAAAGUGUACCCUAAGGGGUGA